GAAGCUGCUGUUCGGGCUUCAGUUGUCCACAGCUCCUCCUCCUCUUGUCGCGUGAUUCUUGAGACUCAGGUGAGAAAAGUAUUUGCUUUCAUUGCAUUGAGUAAACCAUACUGAAGACUGUAGUCUUACAUCUUCAUCAGUAGAGGGCUUCAAAUCUUCUUCACAUGUGGCAAGCAAGGUUGUGAACACUGCAUUCACAGAUUCUUGAAUCUUCCAUCAAUCCGGAUGCUAUGUUGUUCUUCAUAUAGUCCAGCUCAGAUUAUUUGCUUAGCAUUUAGAAUGGACCACACAUCACCGACCUACAUGCUUACUAAUCUAACUCAUUUACACUCUGAGCAACUUCUGCAGGGCUUGAAUCUUCUUCGUCAACAUCAUGAACUCUGUGACAUCAUUCUCCGAGUAGGUGAUGUUAAAAUUCAUGCUCACAAAGUGGUACUGGCCAGCAUCAGCCCAUAUUUCAAAGCUAUGUUCACUGGAAACUUAUCUGAAAAAGAGAAUAGUGAAGUUGAAUUUCAGUGCGUUGAUGAAACUGCUCUCCAGGCCAUCGUGGAAUAUGCCUACACUGGAACCGUGUUCAUUUCCCAGGACACAGUUGAAUCUCUCCUUCCAGCAGCAAACCUACUCCAGAUAAAACUUGUCCUGAAAGAAUGUUGUGCAUUUCUUGAAAGCCAACUUGAUCCUGGUAAUUGUAUUGGAAUUUCUCGUUUUGCAGAGACCUAUGGUUGUCAUGACCUUUAUUUGGCAGCUACUAAAUAUAUAUGCCAGAAUUUUGAAGCUGUUUGCCAGACUGAAGAGUUUUUUGAGCUAACACAUGCUGAUUUGGAUGAAAUUGUUGCGAAUGACUGUUUGAAUGUAGCCACUGAGGAGACUGUUUUUUAUGCACUUGAGUCUUGGAUUAAGUACGAUGUACAAGAACGCCAGAAAUACUUAGCACAGCUACUAAACAGUGUGAGAUUACCAUUGCUGAGUGUUAAAUUUCUCACUAGACUGUAUGAAGCAAAUCAUCUUAUUCGUGAUGAUCGUACUUGCAAACAUCUUUUAAAUGAAGCCCUAAAGUACCACUUUAUGCCUGAACAUAGGCUCUCUCAUCAGACGGUCUUAAGGACACGACCUCGCUGUGCUCCAAAAGUACUUUGUGCAGUCGGAGGAAAAUCUGGACUAUUUGCAUCUUUGGAUAGUGUGGAGAUGUAUUUUCCUCAAAAUGACUCAUGGAUUGGUUUGGCACCUUUAAACAUUCCUCGCUAUGAAUUUGGAAUAUGUGUUUUAGAUCAAAAAGUGUAUGUUAUAGGUGGCAUUGAAACGAACGUACGUCCUGGCGUCACUAUCAGAAAACAUGAAAAUUCAGUAGAAUGCUGGAAUCCUGAUACAAAUACGUGGACUUCUCUAGAGAGAAUGAAUGAGAGCCGAAGUACCCUUGGCGUGGUAGUACUUGCAGGAGAACUUUAUGCUUUAGGUGGCUAUGAUGGACAGUCUUAUUUACAAUCUGUAGAGAAGUAUAUUCCCAAAAUAAGAAAAUGGCAACCUGUCGCACCCAUGACUACAACAAGAAGUUGCUUUGCUGCAGCUGUACUGGAUGGAAUGGUGUAUGCCAUUGGUGGGUAUGGCCCUGCCCACAUGAACAGUGUGGAGCGUUAUGAUCCAAGUAAGGACUCCUGGGAGAUGGUUGCCUCCAUGGCGGAUAAAAGGAUUCACUUUGGCGUGGGUGUCAUGCUAGGCUUCAUUUUUGUGGUGGGUGGACAUAACGGUGUUUCACAUUUGUCAAGCAUUGAAAGAUAUGACCCUCAUCAAAAUCAGUGGACUGUGUGUAGGCCAAUGAAAGAACCCAGAACAGGAGUUGGUGCUGCAGUAAUUGAUAACUACCUUUAUGUAGUUGGCGGCCACUCGGGGUCAUCCUAUCUCAACACCGUGCAGAAAUAUGACCCUAUCGCGGAUGUGUGGCUGGAUUCUGCUGGCAUGAUAUACUGUCGCUGUAACUUUGGAUUAACUGCACUUUGACACAUGUGAACUUUGGAAACAGUGUGAUGGUGAAACUUGUGCCGCAUGAAAAGAUGACCAACUUUCAGAGAUCCAAACACUGCAUUGCUUUCGUUAACUCGAAGUGACAUGAAGAUGCAAAAUUUUGUUGGGUACUUUGAAUUAACAAGUAGCUUCGAUUGCUCUUGAUUACAUAGUAAAUCAAUAAUCAAAACAAAGAAAGACCUUGCCAAUUAAAUUGCUCGCUUUUUUUUUUUAAACUGAGACUGGGAUAAAAUAGUUUGUUUAUAAGUGUACAUGUGGUAAAACCUUGCUAUUAUUUUUGUUAUUUCUUUUCCACUUUAGCACCCUCCCUCCUCCUUGAUGUGUACCACAAUUUACUAGGAUGAGGGCGACUGCGAUGACUGAGUGUAUCGAGUGUCUGUACAAUGCUGAUAAUGCCUGUUGGGUGUAAAUUCAUAAUGCUUCACACUUUAAAAAAAAAUUAAUCCACACUUUCUUUAAACAAACAAAGGGCUGCUUUUUCUUUUGGUACUUUUAAAGGUUUUAAAAAACAUAACAUCUAAAGUCAUCUGGAUUUUCUUCCUACUAAAUGGGUUUCGCCUGGGGAUACAUGGCAAUAAGUUUGCAAGGCAAAUGCUUUUAUUACCAUGAUAUCUGGGUGCCUAUUAUAAGAAGUUAUAUAUUUGCUGGUUUUGCCUAUUUUAAGAUGGGCAGGCUAAUGUUGAAUGAAUUUUAGUUAAGCAUAUAUGCCGUAAUAAGCAUGGUUAUAGAAAGAGCUAAUCAUAUUCAUUUCAUGAUUUUUCUUUAUUACUACUUCAGUGUUGAUGUGAAUAUUUGAGAAAUGUUUAGUACCAGCCUCAGUGCAUGUUGAUCCCCUCCCCCCCACACACAUAUCCUUAGAAUUUAGUUUUUUGAGGUCAGUUUUUGCUUUUCAGUGUUCAGAUAUAAAAUGGUGCUAACUGUAGGAUCUAUAGCAAUGCUAUAACCAAUGUUUUUUUGGAUGUUCGGUAUGAAAAAUAUGCAUGACUUCUUUUGGUAGUGUUUUCCAUUCUUAAUUGAUUUGAUUAAUUUGUGCUUAUUAAAAAUGUUAGUGAAUAUACUGUUAAUAUCCAAAAAUCAUCUAAGUGGUCAAUCCUGACCCUUUCAUGGUUCCUGAAGAUGCAUUUUGGUCUUCUUUCUUCUAUGCUAUAUAUCACAUAUCCUCUUAAAAAUAUAUAUAUGCAUUAAAUAUAAAGCACUAUAGGCAAUUAUGCAUUACUUUAUACGUUUCUAGGUAACUGAGUAUUUUACAAUUACUGAGGAAAACUGGAACUCGAUGUUUACUUGAGUAAUGGUUCUAAAUUUGGUUUUACUUUAACUUAAGAAAUGAUCUUUUAAAACAAAAUUGUUUGUGGUAGCAAAGUGACACCUUAUUUAAGAGUAGGUUAAUUUAUUUUAUUUGAGCAUGUUUUGCUAAAUAUUUGUUAGUCUAAACACAUUAGCGUACAUUUUAUUAUGGUGUUGGUACUUGUAUUUUUGGUACUCUUGCCAUUUUCUUUCCUGUGAUUUUUUUUUAACAGUCUACAAUUAGCUUUGUAGUUUCUGCAAAGCUAGUAUAUGUUAUUUUUCUCUCUAAGAAAAAACUCACACUUCAUUUUUAAGUGCCAUAAUUCCCUAAACUAUUAAGCCAUUUGUAAUUAUAAACAUAGGUUCAUUUGUUAGUAUAUGUUAUUUUUUGAAAACUCUUUGUAGGUGGGCAGUUUGCUGUUUUCCUUGUUCGUCCAUUCAACUGCCAGUGUAGAUUUGAAUAUAUGUUACAAAACUGCGUAAAACCACCUUUCAUCAUAAAAGUAGUGUCAUGCUUUAAGAAUGUUUGCACAAAUUAUAAAACCUUGCAAGAGAUUUUUAAUCUUCUGAUUUAAAGUUCAACGGGAGCUACUAAUAAAAUCAACAGGCUGAAUAUUUUCUAUCUUGCUUGUUUGAAUGACAAUGAUAUAUAGCAAUAACUUUUUAAUUUAUUUAAAUAAAUCUGUUGGAUAGAAACCAGUUGUAACUUAUGAUUGGCUUAGGUUUUAUCUAAAUAUAAGCAAUUUAAAGUAGAUUUCAACACAUACUUAGUUUUAAAUUUACAAACUCUUAUUUCUGUAUAUAUCAGUGAAAUUAACUGGAUCCUGUUACUCUAUUUUUAGCCCCCACCCUAUGAAAAGUAGAUUUUGAGACUCUAGAAAAUUCUUUAAAUUUUUAGAACAGAUCUAUACUGUAUAUAGUAUUUUAAUAAUGUUUUACUUGGUUAUCACCCCUACUUUCAAAUUAGUAUAAGAUACAUAAUCACUUGAUAAAUUAGAUCAAAAGUAUAUAUUGAUAAUUAUUUUUGAAAAAUCUAAACUUCAUAGCUUGAUGAAAACUAAAUGUGAAAUGCCUUGGACAAUAGGAGGAACUGUAUACCAGAGAGCAAAUUAAGUAAAGUUGCAAGGACAGAGGCAAAAGAGGAAAUUUAUUUUCGGGUUACUAAAUCUACUGCACUGCUCCUAACAAGCCAGCAGCUAGUAACAUGACAGUAGAGCAUCCUUUUCAAUUGUGUCAGAAGCCUUAUAAUAAACUCUGCAUUGGCAAGUUGUGAAUUGAAAGCCAGAUGUUUCUUCUGUUCAAAAGGAUUACAGUAUUUUGUUAUAAAUUCCUAAAAUUGAUUUUAGAACUGAUUAUAUUCAAGCAAAGAACAGAAAGCUGUUUAAUGUUGCCCCGAAACAUUUUGGAAAAGAGUUAAUAAUGGGCAAUGAUAUGAGUCCAAUUGAUUGUAAGGUAAUUGCUUUCUCUAAUUAUUACAUGAAAACUUAAUCUGUUAGAAGUUUUUUGCUAUUUCAUAUUUGUUGGCUAUGUAGGACAAAAGUGAUAUUCAGCCUAGUUCAAAGGAUAUUUAAUGUAAGUUCCAUAUGUUAUUGUUGAUAUUACUUAAACAUAAAGAAAUACUAAAUUAUAAGGAGUGGUAUCAGGUGUAGAAAAUUGAGAGUUUCACAUGUGGAGUAUCUACUGUGCAUGUACAUUGUGCUCUGAGCUUAAUGCUAUAGGGCUAGAAAUAGAAAUGUUAACACUCUUCACUGAGUGUAAAGUUUAGGGGGGAAAGACUUGUACUUAAAUUAUGAUGAUGAUGUGUGAUUCUAAUUCCUUAUCUCCAGCAGUAUAAGAAGUGAUUAGAAACCCAUUUUUUUGGUAUGAAUUCUUUAGUAUCCAUUAGCUUUUAUUGGCAUGAAAAAGAAUUUCAGCAAACCUAAUGUUUAUAGAACUAUAAAAUUUUCUGGAUUUGGCAAUGUAUUUUCUAGUAGAAAAACAAAAUUAUAGAAACUUAAACUCUCUCUAUGUAUGUUUAUUACCUAUAGUACCAAGGCUCUGGAUAACACUGAGGAAAUUAUAUGUACAUGUAAUACUGUGUUUAUUUUAAAUUUUGGUGUUGGAUUCCUGGUAUUGUCACCUAAGUGCUCAUUUUCAGGAAAAUAAAAUUCUACAAUAAAAGUACUGCUUAUAAACUUCAGCCGCCUUGUGAUAACCUCUAUAACCUCCAUAACCGAAAGUAAAAGAUGUCACAUGUGAAAUUAAUUCCCAGUUCUACUUCAUAACCUAUUUACCCCCAUUGUAGCCAGCACUUUAAUUAGAUGUGAUUUAAUUAGGUGGAUUAUUCUGUGCUUGGAUAUAUAUUGGAUUUUCACUUACAGUAUAUUGAUUCAGUGUUGAUAAACAUUUAUUUGAAAAGAGUGAGAAACAAUAAGUUUUAAAUUAAAAAAAUAGGUUUAUACAUUUUCUUAUUGGUGUGAAUUUAGAAUUAAUAAAAAUCCAGUUUACAUCUCUGCAGAGAAAAAUUGUUAUCCUUAUGUCUUUUAUAUUUAACCUAGAAAUAAUUUAUUGUUAAUUUUGUCAAGUUAUCAUGUGUAAGUACCAUUUAUUUUAAUAUACAAAGCAAAAAGUUCCAAGUUUGCCUUAAAAUACAAAUGAAAUUAAAGAACUGGAUGAUGUUCCCUAUAUUUUUGCCUUAUGAAUUGUGUUGUCUCAAACCGGAGAUGGUUUUGGUUUUAACAGGAUUCUGAAAUUUUGUAGAUGUGGAGUACUAAUAUGUGUACUCUUGUAAAGAAUGUGAUCUCGUGGAUUAGAUUCAUGUUUAAGUGUUUUUGUGUAUGUAUUUUACCUCUGAUAACCUUUUUAGCAUUAGGGUUUUAUUUUUGUUUACAUCGUCAAGUGGCAUAUAAUUUGUUGAAGAUUGUAUUUUUUCCCCUUUAUUUUGAAAGUUUAUUGUUGCAUACUAUUGUGGUAAUGCUCUGUAAUGAUUAAGUUAAAUUUCAUCUAAUAUGAAAUGUUUAAAAUAAAUAUGGAAAAUGUGA